AUGCUCCUGGUCGACGGCGAGCCCGUCCCCUGCUCCUCCCCCGAGGGGAGCAGCGGGAGGGAGCUCGUGGCGGCGCUCAUGGGGAACCCCGGGCUGCGCGCCGUGUCCGAGCGGCUCAGGGCCACGCCGGAGAAGCGGGUCCCGUCGGGGCCGGAGGGGGCCAGGCACGUGUACGUGUUCCAGCGGGAGUACGCCACGGUCGAUCCGGCGCGCGUCGAGUUAGUGGGCACAGAUGAGAUGACUACAUGUGUGGGUGUUGCAAUUCGCAACAACAAGACUGGAAUGACUUCCAUUAGCCAUAUGGACUUUCCAAAGAUUGUAGAAGGAGGGUUCAAACAGAUGCUAGAAUUACUUGGUGAUGACGACGAACCAUUUGAUGUUCACCUGAUUGGUGGCUUCGAUGAUGCUUCUACAAAGGUAGUCUAUUCUUCUGGAGGAAAGCACAGCAUACAGGAAGGGUACUCCCAUCCACUUUGUUGCAAGAUAGUUGAAGUGCUGCAUAAAUCCCAGCAACGGUUCCACCUCCGGUCUUUCUGUGUCCUUGGGAUCAACACUAUGACUGAUUCUUAUGGGAAUGCGCGACCCAUAGUUGGUGGAUUUGUGAUGCAAACAUCAUCUGGAGUUGUUACUCCUGCAAGCUUUGACAUCACUUCAAGGUGUCCUGAUGAAAUAGUCAGAAGAAUUCGUGUGAGUGUUUCUUCUUAUGAUCCAAAUUGGCGAGGAAAGUUGCUGGAGACUUACGACACACACGCUGAUAUUUUCCAGAUUGCCCCUGCCUGCUGGAUGCCAGAUUGGGCAGAAAUGGCAUCCUCACUUAACCAGCUUUCAGACUCUGAAGUCCUGCUUCAAUGCUCCACCUCUCCAGCUGCAGAACCACCUCAUUUUGUGGAAACUGAGAGAAGGAUAUGGAAAUACUUGAUCGAGAACCCAGACUGGGAAGACAUAUUUCCAAAGUACAAGCCCCGGGUCUUCCAUUGGACCAAUGAUGGAAGGUGGUCAAGGCACUCUUAG